CGGGGUUUUAAUAAGGAUAUCCGGGGCAGGGAACACUGGACGGCAACAGACAUCAGGAAACAUCAAUGACGGACAAAGGACUCGGGUAAGACACGGACUGAAAUACACAGGACUGAGCAAAUGAACUAGAUACAGCUGGGUACAAUCGGGAGAAAACACGUGGGUAAUCAGGGGGCGUGGCACACAGGAGGAGCGGACGAGCCGGGCAUGACAAUAUCUGUGCACAUAUGUACAUUUCCACACUUCAUAAAUAGUCAUAUUUUAACAAUUUGCAAAAAGUCCCAUGAGUCUUUGUUGCCGCCAUACGGGAUCAAACCAGUUUGUGGCGGGUCACCACCAGGCUGCUAGCUUAAGCCACUAUCAACAUGGAGCGGUAUCGUCAGUGGCACACAGACAAAAGACAUUUUAAAAAAUGCUGGGAGGAAGAAUAUUUUUUCACUGACAUAAAUGCUAAAGCGGUCUGCCUUAUUUGUAACCAGUCUGUUGCUGUACUAAAGGAGUAUAACAUUCGUCGUCAUUAUGAGACGAAGCAUGCAGCAUUUUCGCAAUUCAAAGGUGAUGCGCGAAAGAACAAGACCAGGGAGCUGCUGGCUAAACUUCACAGGCAACAAGGGACUCUUACACGGCCCUCGACAGCCCAGGACAGCGCGACACGGGCCAGCUUUGAGAUUACUGCGCUAAUUGCCCGGACUGGGAGAUCAUUUUCAACGGGUGACUUUGUUAAGGAGUGUCUGUCCAUAGCUGCGACAAUCAUGUGCCCGUCACAGGCAAAAACUUUCUCCCAGAUCAGCCUCUCACGAAAUACUGUGACACGUCGUAUUGAAGAAAUGUCUCGAGACAUUAAGGAGCAAUUUAAAGCAAAGGCUGCUGGAUUUGUCGCCUUUUCUUUGGCGUGUGAUGAAAGCACGGACAUUUCGGACUCUGCACAACUUUUGGUUUUCAUACGGCGAGUAAAUGAAAACAUGGAAAUAACUCAGGAGCUGGCUGGAUUUGAGACACUGCGCAGCACAACAAAAAGUGAGGAUUUGUUUGCAGCCGUUGAGCGAGUGUUGGAUACGAACGGGCUGAGCUGGGAAAAAUUGGUUGGGAUAACAACUGAUGGAGCACCUGCCAUGGUUGGGAGGACAACAGGCCUUGCCACACUAAUUUCCCAGAAGGUUUCCCAAUGUGGAGGUAAGGUGGCAAAAUACCACUGCAUCCUGCACCAAGAGCAACUAUGUGCCAGAUCAGUUGGUAUGGGAGACGUGGUGCGUGACGUGAUUAAAAUCAUAAACUGCAUACGAUCAAAAGCGCUCUCACACCGCCAGUUCAGAGCUCUUCUAGAGGAGGUUGAUUCACAAUACAAGGAUGUGCUUUACCACCAAGAGGUGAGGCGGCUGAGCCGCGGGAAAGUCCUCAAAAGAUUUUUUGAGCUGCGCCAUGUCAUCGCGGAGUUUCUGACAAGCAAGAACAGUGACACUCAAGUCCCCACAGAUGAAAAAUGGUUUUGUGACGUGGAUUUUAUGGUGGACAUCACUGACCUGCUCAACACCCUGAAUAUUCAGCUUCAAGGGAAGGAUCAGAUCAUCACUGAGCUGUUUGACCACAUAACGGCCUUCAGGUCGAAGCUGCAGCUACUCUGUCGACAUCUGUCAGCAGGAAACCUUGCACACUUCCCUAGUCUGAGAGAGGUCAACCUGGUGAAGCAGAGACUGCCUGAAUAUGCAGCACUUCUCAGACACUUGGACCAGGACUUUGCGUUGCGCUUUGAGGACUUUAGGGAAAGUAGAGGUGACAUGGAGCUGUUUUCUCAACCCUUCACCAUAAGUGUGGACUCAGUGCCUGAUCACAUUCAGAUGCAGCUAAUUGAGUUUCAGUGUGAUUCUGAGCUAAAGAAUAAAUUCAUGUCACUACACCUGAAAGACUUCUACACACAUGUCUCAUCUGAAAGGACAUCCUCACCCUCUCAGUGA